AUGAUAAAUGUCUCCGCGCCACGCUUAAUAAUCACUUUUCAACCCCCGGACUCUUCAGUAGACCGAGUUUCUUCUCUACUUUCACUGCAUAUAAAAGCUGCGUUUGCUUCAACUUGCCCGGACUUUGCGCAUUUCACCUCACUAGAAUUCCAAACUUCUGCAUCACCCAUACUGUACAAAAUGACAUCAGCAAUUUUCAAAUAUAUCGACCCGGCCUCCUAUGACCCCCACGCCACUGAGCCAUUCAAAAAGGCCUGGGGCAAGGUCGACGGCCCAGGCCGCUCCUACACUCUCACAGACCGGGAGCGCAAAGUUGAGAACCUCCGAGGCCAAGAAUCCGAAUUCAACACCGACAAUUCCGGCUUCGCAGUCUUGAACUCACCCGCCAAGGAGCGCCUGUUUACCGACGACGCCGCCGUGCAAGCGGGGUACUACGCAGAAGUGGAAGAACUGCUCCGCAAGAAUCUACCAGGUGUGAAAAAAGUGGCUAUCUUCGACCACACUAUCAGACGCCGUACACCCGGCUCAGCGCGCAGUCCCGUCCAACUUGUGCACGUUGAUCAGACGCCCGCGGCAGCGGAAGUACGAGUGCGGCGCCAUCUGCCCGAAGAUGAAGUGGAGGAGUUGUUGAAGGGUCGGUAUCAGAUUAUCAAUGUCUGGCGACCGAUUGAGAAUCCCGCUUCGGAUUUCCCUUUGGCUGUUGUUGAUUGGAGAAGCACUGUUCCGGAUGACUUUGUUAAAGUUGAUUUGCUUUAUCCGAAGGGGUGGCAGCAGGGUGGGGAGGUUGCGCCGGACCCUGAAUCGGUGUCUUCGACAGAUGGAUACGAAGUUAAGGGAGAGACUUAUGGCAUUGCUCCUAAUGAGGGACAUCGCUUCUUCUAUAUGAAGGAUAUGACUCCUGAUGAGGUUAUGCUUCUUAAGUGCUUUGAUUCGCGAAGCCAUACGAUGACAGAUGGUCAGACUGAUAUUGCUCAUGGCACUUGUCAUACUGCUUUCUUUGAUCCUCAAACGCCGGAGGGAGCUCCUGGGAGGCAAAGUAUUGAAGUGAGAUGUUUGGUCUUUUAUGAAUAG